ACCGUAAUUGUUGCUACUCGUUUUCGGUUUAUACGGUCCGUACAAACAACAUCGUAUAAAUUCUUAACCCCGCCAACUACGUAUUUUAAAAGAAUAGAUAAAUAGAUGAAUAGAUAGAGAGAUAGAUAAUAGUAAAAGAAGGCAUAGAAAAGAGAGAAGGAGGGGGCAGGGAGGGUGAGAGAGAGAGAGAGAGAGAGAGAGAGAGAAAGAACAGAUAAUUCUUUUUCUCUCUCUUUUCACUUAAACUUUACCUCCCUCUUUCUCUUGGCUGCUUCUCUUCCCUUUUAUUAACGAGACUAAUGCAGAUAAGACUGUUGAAAAACGAACAAGAGAAAAAAUCACAAACGUCUAAACCAAUCUCUACACAGCCUUCAACUGAUUUAUUAGCCAUACAUUUUAACGUUAAAUGAAUUAAUUUCUAUAGUAUGAAAGACCUAAAAACAAGAAAAGGCGCGAAUUAUUGAAUAAUUUUAUAAACGAAUAGAUAAUGGAUUCUUUUUUGGCUUUUGAAGUAAAGUUUGUCGUUUCCCUCUAGUCCCAUUCCAUCCUUCUAUUGCCCGGCUACUGCUUUAAUAAAAAAGAGGAAGGGAGGCAAUUAAGAACCAUCAGUUCUGUCGUUUUUUUUUAUUUAACGGCCUUAAAAGGGAAAAAAGAGAAUGAUAAACGUUCGAGUAGAAAGAUGAGGCUCUUUUUCAUUAAUCCUAUAAUUCACGAUUACCGAAAUAUGACGUUAGAUAGAUAGACUAGCCAGACAGGGAAGGAGGGAUGGAGGAGUAAAUGAUUGAAAGAAGGAAUGUGUGUGUUUGUGUUUGUGUGUGUGUGUGUGUGUUUUUCUUUAUUAAUGUAGCUUUACUGGCUUUACUAGAUUAGAAAAUGACAAAAUGGGUAAUAACAACCAAUAACAUUUUGUUAUUUUAUAAUACCAAGUACCAAAAUAAGAAGGAUGAUAAUGAUAAUAAUCGUCGUAUAUAACUAGAAUGAAAAGGUUCUAUAAAAAGGUAGCAUUCUAAUAGUAAAGAGAAAAGAAUAGAAAAGGAAAAUAUUGAAACAACAUUGAAAAUAUGAAGGAAAAGAUGAAAGAGAAUUUAUGAUAGUCUCGGUUAAUGAGGUUUUAAUCAAAUCAAUCAUUUUUUUAAGCUUUGCGAAAGUAGAUUAAAUCCUCUUCCUUCUUUUUUUCUUUUUUUUCUUCAAAAUGUCAAUUAUAAUGGAGAAUAAGAAAAAGUAAAAGGCGUCAUCAGCGUCAGACGCUCGAAAAUCGUCGAUUAAUCAAUUUUUUCUCCUUGAAUGAAAAGAGAAUAAAUUGAUUAUAUUAAAGAAAGUCAGAAACAGUUGUAAUACAAAUGUGCAUUAUGUAUUAUAUAAGAAAUAACUAUAAUUCUUUCAUUGAAAAGCCUAGUUUUAACUAACGGAUUGUGAUUUUUUUUCAACAUUUCAUUCAUUAACAGCCUCGUAAAGCGUUCAUGGAGCAAUUAAACGCUGUUCUCGGAAGUGAAGAUAACUUACCUUCCUGCGUUCUCUUAGUUAAUACUUCGGAAGGUCAAGGCCAAAAAUUAUCGAAAUUAUUAUCAACGAACGCGGCGUUCAAGCUAAUCUGCACUCAUUGUCAAGCGGAAGUUAAAGCAACAUUGGCAUCUAUCGUAAAUAGGAUACAAAAAUUACGUAACGCUGGCCAAUUAUCUUACAACGAUUCUAAUCAUUCGUCAAAUUUCGGUUGCAACACGAAUUCCAGGGCUCCUAAUCAAAUUAGGAUUGUCGUUGCCGGAACUGAUGCUUAUAUGAAUGUUGUAUUAAGACCUUACGUGGAACAAUUUUCCGCCAAACCUCCAGAUUGGCAGGCCUAUGUCAAAUUUAUUUACAUACCGCUAUCUUGUACUUCCACCUUAGCCAAAUACCUAUCGACAAUCGACUCUCUAUACGCUAGCUUCUGCGAAGGCCUUUGGAAAGAGUUUUUCGACACGAAAGGCGAUAGUCCUGACUCGAACGAAAUUGUUAACAAGUUGCAACGGUACCUGGAGAAAUGUCAUCAUACUGUUCAAAUGCCAAUCGCUGAAGCUCUAAUUGUUCGUAAGGAUAAAUGCCAUUUGGCAUUUAAUUCGGAAGACGACUCGAACCGUAUCUCUGUACCAUUCAUCAUGGACGUUCGAGUUGGACCUAUCGAACUACCAAAUGUUAAUCUUUGUUCAGUUGACUACGAUGAAUCGUCAUCCUCCGUUGUAAUGGGACCAAACUCACCACCUAGUUCAACGUCAGGUAGCACGGACCGUCGACAAGAGCAUUCGCCACCUGGUUCACCAAACUUUAGUGCCAAUACAACAACCUCAAAUCUUAUGUCUCCUAGUGAUAAUAGAAUCGAAUUAAUCGACCUCCAAUUAGAUUACUGGCACCCAGCCUCCCUUGAAACUUGUAAGGAGAGGGAAAAAGAAAAGGAGAAAUCCUUUAAGAAAGAAAUAAAAUGCUCUUUAAAGACUCAAUUCAAAAGUGUGCUAAUAUAUAGACUGAUUCUUCCCAAUAAAAUAAAUGAUCCUCAUUUAAUAAGCCUAACCAUAGCAACAAAGGAAAAGUCGAAAAAAUUAAUGAGAAUUGGGAAGAAGAAUAAGGAAGAAUCAAAGACGCAAUUAAUGAUAAAUAGACUGGUGUGCACGACCAAAAGCCAAAGCCAGGCACUUUCUACUCAUAUAGACGGGCACGAAUGGCAGGCAGUAAAAUUCUUCCAGAUAAAUCCAUUAUGGCCGACUCACGUCAAAUAUUUACCAUUUUUAAUUGCAGUAGAUGAAUUCAGUUAUUCAUUGCCCAUUAAUAUAUCUUAAAGAAACAAUAUAACACAUACAACCAAACCUUAUAAACGCAUUCGUACGUACAAACAAACAAACAUUCAUUCAUUCAUUCAUACAUACAUAUUUACCUGCACACGUAUAUUUAUACAUUUACAAACAAAACAUUUGGUUUUAUUAUAUUAACGAUGGCGUUUUGGAUGGCAUUAAUGACUAUAAUAAGGAUGCGGAUGAUAAUGAUGAUGACGAUGAUGUUGAUGACGAUAACGAUGAUGAUGAUGACGACGAUGAUGAUGAUAAUAAUAAUAAUAAUAAUAAUAAUAUUAAUGAUAAUUAUGAUUACUAUGAUGAACAAAAAAAAAGACAAUGCUAUUAUUUUUUUUUCAAUUGAAUUUUCUAGUCUUUUCUCUGCCUAAUUUGUUUUUACAUAUGUAUUUGUAUUUGUAUUUAUGUGUGUAAGAGAGAAGGAGAGGAAAGAAAGUGGAGAGAGAGAGAGAGAGAGAGAGAGAAAGAGAGA